AUGACCCUGUGCCUACGGCGCCCUGACCCUGUGCCUACGGCGCCCUCACCCUGUGCCUACGGCGCCCUCACCCUGGACCCCGAGGCGCCCCGACCCUGUGUCUACGGCGCCCUGACCCUGUGCCUGAGGCGCCCUGACCCUGUGCCUGAGGCGCCCCGACCCUGUGUCUACGGCGCCCUGACCCUGUGCCUGAGGCGCCCCGACCCUGUGUCUACGGCGCCCUGA